CUCCCUCCCGCCUGCCCGCAUGCGCAGUCCUGAUACCCGGCAUUCGACCGCCACUUAUAAAAUAUGUAACAAGGGACCCGGAAACCUACUUCCUCUCUGUAAAUGGAAAGGCCGGUAACGUAGCGCGAGCUGAGGGCAGCGUUCGGCACGCGCCUCGCCACCGCCACGCGGUUCCUGUCCAACGUUCUUCCCCGCCUCCCCCCUCCCGCAUGCGCAAUGAGGGACUCUCCGCGCCGCCGCCUCAGCUCAGCGUUAUGCUGCUGCUGUUUUGGGGGUUUCUACGGACUUGCCGGCUCUUGGCGAUGUCGAUGCUGUUGCUGCUGCCUCAGGAACUGGUGGGGGACCGAAAAAGGUGUAAAAUUGAGAAGUUACCAGUGUUUUCCUUUUCUGAGAUCAUCCAUGAAAUACCUGGUUAUGCUGAAUAUGGAUGCAAAAAAGGUUUUGCCAGAUUCCCUUCAAAACCAAAUAUGAUUCAUUGCAUUGAUGGAAACUGGACACCAUUGGAAGACCCCUGUGGUGAAGUCUGCCCCUUUCCACCAAAGCAAACUAGAGCUAAACUAAAAGAUGAGUUUGGAACAUCAGUAUUGUUUCCUGUUGGGAUGGUAGUACACUAUGUAUGUAAGGCAGGAUUUGAACAAGUUCCUGGCAUCUUGAAUACUAUUACCUGUGGUAGAAAUCUGAAGUGGUCACCGCUUGCAAAGUUCUGUAAAGGAAAAACGUGCGAGAUUCCAACACCAAUAAAUGAUGGAAGUAUUUUCUCAUUUAAUUCAGAAUACACCACUGGAGCAAGAAUUCUUUAUAUGUGUGUUCAAGGAUACACAAUGAUUGGGAAACGUACGAACAGAUGUCAGGAUUAUGGAAGUGAUGUUCGCUGGAGUAAUCCACCUCCACGUUGUGUGCGAGCUGUAUGUAUAAACCCUCCAGACAUUCCUGGUGGAUCCCACAAUGGAACUGGACCUCCUUAUCCUUAUGGAAUAGUGAUCAAAUACAACUGCACGGAGACUCUCUCACUCAUUGGAGAACCUAUUAUAUACUGUGAUGUUGAUAAGACUAAUAGACCACUGUGGAGCAGUAAACCCCCAAAAUGCCAAGUGAUUAUAUGUGCAGAUCCAGUAGUUCAAGAUGGAGUAAAGAAGAUAAGUGAGUUUAAAGAUUACUAUACCUUUGGCAGCAAUAUUACAUUUGAAUGUGAAAUUGGAUACUUCAUGAUCGGAAGUUAUAUCAUUCGAUGUGUGGCGAACAAUACUUGGAUCCCUAAAGCGCCAUCCUGCAAAAAGAUUUCUCAAGAUAUUUGUGGUGCUCCAGGAAUUCUAAAAGGAAGUGUACAUCCACCACAACCUCAUUAUAAACUUGGAAGUAUCAUUUCUGUGCAGUGUGAUAAAAAGUAUUCUUUUCCUGAUGAAACCAUGGAGAUGAAAGCAGAAUGCAAAGGCUACAAUCAGUGGGAUCCUCCUAUACAACUUUGUUUCUGUAUGUAUAAAUUCAGCUCUGUGGUAUUGACGUCUGUUGAUAAAGAAGAUAAAAACUUUAAAGCCCUACUAGGUUAGACAAGUCCACUUACUUUAAACGGUCAGACGGCAUUGCGGCCUGGCCACGGGCCUGGUCAGUGAUCCAGCAGUCAGCUGGGGAGGACUGUGGGCCUGCUUGCAGAUUGGCCUUUGGCUGGCAGGCCUGGACCCGGGGAGUCCAGCUCCAUUUCCAGCUCUACAAUACUGCUUUUUUUGCAUUGCAGUAAACACAGCUAUACACAAUAUUCAAAGUGUUGCUGCACCAUAGAUUUAUAUAAAGGCAUGCAAUAAGCAGUUUCAUUUUUCAUCCUUUUUCUAAUCCUCAUCAUAGAGUUUGCCUUUUCACAGCAACUGUAGGUUAGAUGGCACUCUGCUUCUAAUACCAUGCUCAAGACAGAUACUAUUUCCCAAUUGUCUAAAUCAGAGAUAGGCAACCUGAACCCAAACCUUGUCUGAACACCUCCUGAAGCUAUUCAGUUCUUACACCCCGCCAUUCUUUCUUUUUACCUGGGCUUUAAAUCCCUUCCCCUUAAUACAGUAUGUAGUUUCAGAACAACUAGAAGGAGUAUAUUUUAUUUGAUGAAGAAUAAAAUCAUUUUCCUGUUUAUAUUGC